CUCCUGUACUGUCAAAACUAAAUCAUCAGCAAAAGCUUUCAAUUUAUACUGUUUAGCUCCAAGUUGUAUACCUUUAACCAAUUGGUCUUUUCUAAUCAUAUUGAGCAGAACCUCAAGGACCGAUAUAAAAAGCAAUGGGGAGAUUGGGCAAGUGUGCAAGUGGAAACAGGAUAGAACAGUUCACCGGUCCUCCUCUCCGCAGGGGGCGCUGUGGAAAUGAUCCGUCUUUUUCUCUCUCUCUCUCUCUCUCUCUCUCUCUUUCUCUCUCUCUCUCUCUCCCCCCCACAAUUGAAAACACCUCCUCCCCAAGCGGAUUGAGAAAGACUUGUUGCGCUGCGUCGCGCAAGGCGUUCCGACUUUCACUUCCGCCCUGAAGAGGAAGGGGCGGGGGGAGUGGGGAAAGGCAGAGCCGAGCCGGAUCGACUUCCAGAGAAAAAGGUUGCGGGAAGCGAAGAAAAGGGGAGGAGAGCUUGGAGGCGACCCGAUCUGCGCACGCCCCGUCGGCCUUUGCGCCGACUGCGCACGCGCGGGCGGUUGUAACCGUCAGGGCAAGGGAAGAACAGCCCCCACCCCGCUCGCGCCGCCCGAGAAUUCAAAGCCGCGCUCGGGACCCUGCCCCUCCCUCCCCUCAGCAACCGUCACUUUCCUGCCGUUGCCGGGCAGGGCUUCCCCUCGUCGCCCUUUCGGCCGCCCUCUGCCCCGCUCGCCGCGUCCUGUCAGGGCGAGGGAAAGGAUGCCCGGCGGUGCCUUGUCCCAGGCCAGCCCCGGCGCUGAGUGAGGGAAGGCCGGGCCGGGCGGCGAGCGAGCGGGCAAGGGAUGUCGCCGCCGCCCCCCGGCGCUGGGUCCCUCCGUCGCCGCCGCUGCAACAGCAGCCACCACCCCUGGCGGCUCCCGCUGCUGCCUCUGCCCUCCUCCGGUUCCGGGUGUCGCCCGCCGCCGCUCCGGGCCCCGGAGCAACGCCGAGCGGCUCGGCCCCAGCAGUGACUGCCGCCGCUUCCCCUCACAGGGCGCGGGACGGCGCGGGCAGGAUGCAGGCGCCGCCGCUGCAGUACGAGUUCUUCAGCGAGGAGAACGCGCCCAAGUGGCGGGGGCUGCUCGUGCCAGCCCUGAAGAAGGUGAGGAAGGGGCGCGGGGGGGGGGAGAUCCAGAAGGGGUGGAAAGGCUGCGAGUUUUAUAGGAGGUAAAUUCGCAAAUGCCCAAGGUUUGCUGCAUGUUGACAUCCACGUGUCAUUGGUGACAGCCCCAGGUGAGGACAGAUACGUGUGUAUGUGUGUGUGUCCCGAAUUUGGACGUAAGGCAAGGGAAUGCCGACAGGCAUGUGUGAUAACUGGCAGUGUUCCAGUACUCCGACUUUCACAUAAUCGGUUUGGGGAUAGUCAAUGUUUUCAUGCGCCUGUGUUGACAUCCUGCAAACCUGUCUGCUGUGCUCAUGGGUGUCUGUAUACUCAUUAUUCUUCAUUAGAUUUAUAUACCGCCCUUCAUCAUAAGAUCUCAGGGCAGUUUGCAGAAUAAAAUACAAGGUAAUGUAUGAAGCUUGCAGGGUGACCUUGGGCCUGUCGCUGUCUCUCAGCCUAACCUACCUCACAGGGUUGUUGUGAAGAUAAAUUGGAGAGGGAGGAGAGCUAUAUAUGCCACUGUGUGUUGGAAGGAAGAUGAGAUAUAAAUAUAAAUGUAAUCAAUAAACGCCUGCCAGUAGAACACUUGGGGUAGAUGUAGCUGGUUUUACACUUCCCAACAUGGUCCUAUAGGAUAGCUACUAAAUGAUCUGAACUUUAAGUACCAGAUGCAUGUGCACAUGACUUUAAGCAACAACAAAAAUAUAGCAGUGAUAUUCUUUAGGAGAGCUGUAGGUGUGAUUAUCACUUUGCUCCCAAAUGGAAGAUGGGCAGCAUUUUAAAUAGUUCAGAUGAUACUGAAUAUUACACAAAUAUAUUAAUGUGGCAUGACAGGUUUUUGAGUUGGUCUUUAAUUUAGACUAGAAUGUUAUGAGUCCUUCAGAUAUACCUGCCUCACUGAAGAAAAUUAUGUCAUUUGCUGUUGUAUUAUAUUCCAGUAUAGUUGCUACCAAUAUGUGUUUCUUGACAAUUAGAGUUAAGUGAAGAAAGUCCUGCUCCAUCAGAAUCUGUAUUGAGCUUGAUUAGUUUUUAAACAUUAUUGACUUAUGGCUAGUGCAUAGAAUUUAAUAGGAUAAAGGUGGUAUUUGUUUUUACUAGAUCUGUGUUGCAAUUUGUUGUUUAAUUUGUUCCCUGGGUGCUUGUGCAGAUAACCACUUUUUAAAACACAAGCUAGGUUUACUCUCUUACCUGAACAUUGUUCAUUUUAUCUUGUGAGGUUGGUAACAUUUUAACCCAUACAUAAUAUCUAGGUGCACUGAACAAUUAUUACUCACAACUUUGAGAAGCUUGGUUUCUUUAUCCUAGGGCAAUAUUCUAAUGAUUGGUCUACCAGCCCUAAAAUACAUGGGCUGUGCUUUAUACACAUCAUGCACCAGUAUUUUGAAGCUGAAAUAAUGCAUAAGUGUGUUUGUGUAACUUGAAAACUUGCUUUCCUGAUUUUCUCAAAAAGAUUCAUUAGCCUCAUUUAUUUUUAAAGCAGGGGCAUAUUGAAGUUAUUCUGAAGCUGUUGUCAAACAAAUGUUGUUGUUGUUGUUUAGUUGUUUAGUCGUGUCCGACUCUUCAUGACCCCAUGGACCAGAGCACGCCAGGCACUCCUGUCCUCCACUGCCUCCCGCAGUUUGCUCAAACUCAUGCUAGUAGCUUCGAGAACACUGUCCAACCAUCUCGUCCUCUGUCGUCCCCUUCUCUUUGUGCCCUCCAUCUUUCCCAAUAUCAGGGUCUUUUCCAGGGAGUCUUCUCUUCUCAUGAGGGGGCCAAAGUAUUGGAGCCUCAGUUUCAGGAUCUGUCCUUCCAGUGAGCACUCAGGGCUGAUUUCAAAAAUGAGGAUGUCAGGAACUUGGUGGGGAAAAGAGGACUGAGGAAACUUGGUUCAGAGUGUAAAGCAGGGUUGCUGUGUUUCAAAAAAGUAAGUUGUUGAGCUUACUUAGACAAACCCCAAUGUUGUUGAGAUUUUUUUUUUUACCAAAACGCCCCAAAAAAGUGAUUUCUUGGUUUACAUGCAGAAGAUCUAGGACAAAACAGUGCCUUCCGGAAAUUCCCCCCAGACGUCACUUCCACCUUUGAAAUCCCAGUAAUGUCCUGGACAUAUGGCAGCCCUAGAUGAAGUGACUAGAGAUUCUUGCAGUGCAAUUCUUUACAUGCCUUUACUUAUUUGCUGGUAAUUUGGUGCAUGGGACAGUAUUAAUUAGCUGCAGCUGAUGCUGCAUUGAAGCAGGCAAGCUGGACUCUGUGUAUACUAAAGCUGUGAUUCAGGGUGGGGAGAGAGAGCCAGGCAUGCUGCAGGCAGAGGUCUUUCCAGUGAUGGGCCAAUGCUAGUAGGAGUCACCUCAGAGAAUUAUGGUACCCCUUUGGUGUCUUCCCUUUGAAAAACCAUUGAGGGCUAAGGACCUCACCCACAUGAAAGUGACAGAUAGAUGAUGGAAGGACCCUGAGGGAAAAGCAAGUGAGAUUAUGGGUCAGUAAAUGAAAGCUCCCAGGUGAGAGGUGGUAGCAGCGUUCAAAAUUCACUGGGCACAUUUUGCACCUGGCUAUCGGCCAGUUGUGACCAAGUGAAGAUACCCAGGCGCCACCAGGAUUGUGCCUGAUGUUUCCACUAUCUGGAGGUGCAUGCCUGGGGAUCCUUGGAUCUUGACUGUUUUCACACACUAGCAACAUAUCCAGUAGAAUUCUAUCUGUUAUAUUUUAUCUGCGCUAUCAGAAUGAAUUUAAGGAACCAAAACAUUGCAUUGAAAAAUACAACUUUCAAGCCGUCUGGCCCCUAAAAGACAACUAGACAUUCGGUUUUGGCAAAUAAGAUUUCUACCUCCCAUUGAUUUUUUUGAAUCCACCUAUAUUAAAGUAUAAAGCCAGAUGUAACUUUUCAAAUUUUCUAAUCAUGUUCUCUUCUAACUACCCUUACUGAACAUUAAUUCCUCCUUCUUGUCUUUUCAGAACAGCACAAUGGUUAAUUCUACCCAUAAUUAACUUUAACUAAUACUUGCAAACUCUCUUUUAACCUUGGUUUUAUUUAAACUCUGUUUGCUUUAAACUAAAGUUAGUGUUAACAUCAGUUAGAGAUAACUGGGUAAUUAGGUGUUGAAGAGAUUUCACUAGCCUGUUCCAUACUCCCAAUCCCCUAGCCAUGGAUAGGAGAUCAGGGGUGUUACAUUUGGAGUGGCUUUAGUGAGAACUUUAUAGAACUACUUUAAGGUAAAAAGAAGUUUAUUUUUAAAAUGUUCACACAUAUUGACCAUACUUGCUUUAAAUUUUCUAUUACCGCAGUCACAGUUAAAAAUUAAUGUGGUUACAGUUUUGAUAACAAUAAAUACUCGUAAGUUUUAAGGCCUUAAUAGACGUUUGAUUACAUUACAUUUUGUUUGAGACAAAAAGAUUACAGAUUUAUGCUGUGUUGUGUUUUGUGUGCCUGAAAGAUUCAUUUUUUUAUUGUAUUUAUCACACUUUCUUCAUUGAAGUAUGGACCUGGGUUAAGCACUUAAGAACCAGUGAUUUCAGUGUGAUUUAAACAGGGUUUGGGUAAUAUCAAUGUAUUUUUAGUGCUUAACCCUGGGUCAGUAACCCAGGGAGUAUAAAAUACAGUUUUCAAGUGCCCAGUGCAUUUUACUUGUUAAGUCGUAUUCUAGUCUAAAAUGUCCGCUAACUUCAUUUUACUUGAGACAUACAUACUUCAGAUUUCAGUGGACCUCUAGCUUUGUUAUGCAGUGGGACCGAUUACCUAUUAGUUGUCUGGGGAAAAUAGUUUUACAAUAUCCUUAUAUGUGGUGGCAUUUAGAACAAAGGUGACUUAAAGUUCAGACCAACAUUUUUUGUUAGUCCUAUUAUUUGCGUACACAGUAAUGUGUUUUAUCCUGUAAAAAGAAUGGACAGUAUAUCCAAUAUUAGUUAUACUUAGAAUAUAUUAAUUGAAAUAAUUGGACUUAAGUUCUGAAAUUCAUUGACUUUGAUGGGUCUACUAUGAGUAUGGCAUCAUUGGAUACCACCCAAUAUAAGUAAGGUUUAAUUUCACUAUUUUAGAGGUAGAAUGACAGCUGUUAAACAUAUGCCCUCAAAAUCCUUUAAUAAAAGCUGAAAUAUGGAGUGCUAGACAGCAUUUUUCUAUCGACAAAAUUUUAAAAAAGAAAACAGUGCCAUGUUUCAGGUGGCUUAAAAUGAUAAAAUACCCUUCUCCAACUUGGCACACUCUGAAUGUUUUGGACUGCAACCCCCAUCGUCUCCAGUGGACAUCUGGAAGACACCAAGUUGAGGGGUGCUAUAAGACUUGCACGAGCACAGCUUAGACUUCAUGUUUAAAUGUCACCUGUUGCAUUUUAUUAGUUUGACUGUAUGCCUAGCAAAUGUGUAAUUCUAAUUUUAUCUGUAAUACAGUGGUCUUGAUGACUAACAUGUAGUGUUGCAUUUAACUUUGCUGUUGAAAUUGUUUUAUAGAGUAACCUUGGUUCUCUUGGCUAGAAAUUGUGAAUUAAAAAUGGCCCCCUCUACAUUUAGAAAUCUAAAAUAAACUUGUUGGAGAGGCUAAUACUUUCAGAAAGCAGCCUAUGCUGAUAUCUGUAUUCACAUCUGUAUCUAUUUCAUAUAUGUAUUUAGGCUACUACCUGCUCUUCUGGCAUGAUUGCUUUUAACUGGCUACCAUAUUGCCAUCACAAACAUAUCCACGCAGUUGUCUCCUUUUAUUACCAGAAUGGUGCCAUUCUGGCUAGAAACAGCAACAACAGUGUGAUCCUGCUCGUAUUUACUCAAGCAUAAAAUCUCACAGAGAUCAAACUUACUGCCUAGAAAUAUGUUUAGCAUUACAGCCUAAUUCAGUGGGACUGAAUUAUAGAUAUUUUAAAAAGCAGAAAAAUCAGGUCUUCAUGUUUGGGCAAAGGGCCCAAAUAAAGAAAAAACUCAGGAAGGGAGCAAGAAGUGAAACCUAAAACUGGUGUGAGCCUGUUUUAACUGUAAGUGGAUUCCUAUUGGAAUAAUCUUAGUGUAGAUCUCUUAGUAGUGCACUACUUUGAUUUCUUAUUUGGCAGGCACUAAAUGUUGCUUGCCUUGCCAGGUAUAUAGGGCUAAAUCUGUAAACAUAGACUAAAAUAAGAUCUUAAUGGAGGUGAGAGGAGAUUUUAGCUUGCAGUGAAGUUUUCAGAGACAGGUCCUUGAAACAUAUAUUCACACAAAACAUACAAAUUCCUUACCAACAGUUGGAUACCAUUUUUGUAUUAACUUUUGUUCUGCUGAAAUUAAUACUUCUUUGCCAUGGGGUGCAUUCAUGCAUGCCUUUUUCUUUGUACUAUUUAUGUUUGUAAAACAGCAUCAAGUCAAUUUCAACUCCAUGUGAGAAUUACAGCAGUAUUACAAAUGGAUGUUUUCUGUAACAAUGAGUAAAUUAUUGAAUUAUUGAACGUACAUAAACGUACGUGCUCCUGGGAAGGUUUAUUGGGCCAGGUGUCACCAGAUAUGUAUGCACAUGUAUUAUUACUUCCACACUUUAAACAUUUGCUGUAGGCAGCACUUUUGUAAGACUAGUGUUUUCUGUAGUGGUUGUAAUGUAUAGCACUGCUUUUAAAUAACAGGAUUUCUAUUACCUGGAAAGGAAAUACUGUGCUUCAGUUUAGGAAAUAUUUGCUUCUUAAGCUAAAGCUAAUUUCACCAUUUCUAGAGGUCAUAAUAGCACCUGUGACAAAGUACAUCAUGGACAUUGUCCUCCUGGUUCUCUUGUUUGGGUAACAUUACAUGUUGGAUAAUAAAGGAUAACCAAUUAUCAGUGCAAAACAGUCUACUUCAAUGCGGUGAGAUUGCAUUAAAGACCAAGUACUGUUCUGUAGUUUCUUCAAGCCUAAAACCAUCAGGAACAAACAGUGUCUUUUAAUAUGUAGCAGUGACAAUGUAUCUUAUUUUUCCUUAAUUCCAGACAUUUGGGGGGAGUUUGUAUUGAAAACACAAAGUACACAAUGUGCUUUUUUCUUGCACAUGGCAAUCAGUACAGAGAUUCCCCCUCCUCUUAUGUGAGUUUCACCCUUAGGAAAAAGGUCUUCUUUAGUGUUUGGAAUUAGAGGCUCUUUUCCUUAGGCUUCUAGCCAUUCAGAGAGGCAACCUCUGGUUUGAUUGCAGUGGAGAAGAAAGACACCUCUUCACCUUGUGCAUUGUCUUCCUUGUAAUAAUGGGUUUAAACGCUGCCAUUAGUAAUUGGGAAAAGAGCAACAUGUUGAUGGAGUUUAGGGGUCUAGACAUUUUGGCUGGGCUUGAUAGCCAGUCAUUCCCUUGGAUCCCAAUUACAGUGGUGCCCCGCAAGACGAAUGCCUCACAAGACGAAAAACUCGCUAGACGAAAGGGUUUUUUGUUUUUUGAGCUGCUUCGCAAGACUAUUUUCCCUAUGGGCUUGCUUCACAAGACGGAAACGUCUUGCAAGUUUGUUUCCUUUUUCUUAACACCGUUAAUACAGUUGCGACUUGACUUCGAGGAGCAACUCAUAGAACGCGGUGUGGUAGCCUUUUUUGAGGUUUUCAAAGACUUUGGUGAUUUUUGAAGCUUUUCCAAAACUUUCCCGACACCGUGCUUCGCAAGAUGAAAAAAAUCGCAAGACGACAAAACUCGUGGAACGGACUUCCGGGGUGGCGCCAUCGGCAAUGGCGGACUCCCUCUGAACUGGAGGGACCAGCUCCGCGCGAAACGGGUCUUUUCCGCUGCGGUGAAGCGGAGACCCUUCUAUAAAUCACAGGCGGAUAAAGCCUGUGACCGUGGGUCUCGGCGGGCACCCUUAGCGCCCCCCCCAACCCGCAAAGGAACCCACUAAUGGGCUCCGAAGCGAAGAGGGGAAAGUGGCGCGGUGCUGUGAGUCAAUUGCUUUUUCCGUGGAGCGAAGCCGCAUAGCCGUUGCCGGAGAGCACUGCCUUUUUCUUGGGACAAUUUGGCAUCUAAAAUAAUCACCCGUGAGUACUUAAACAUUGAACAAUUGGACUUUAAAUAAGAACUGACGAGCAGAAAGGAAUUGGACUUAAAAAUUCACUUCAAUUUGGUACUGAAACGGGAAGGUCUAAACAGGAAGUCAGCCUUCCGUUUCUUUGUAGUCAGAGUAAAGCAAAGACAACGUAAACUAGAGCUUAGAAAAUUAUUUUCAAAGGAUUGGCUUUCAUCAUUUAAAAUUGUUGAACCCCCCUUCGGUAGCAGGAGAAGAAGGGGGAUCUUUUUUGGACUGUUUAAACCUGCAGAAGUGAGUCUAAAGCAAAGUAACUUUCCACCGUCCUGAUCCUGGAGCGGGGUGUCAGAAUUGACGUUUGAAGCUCAUUGACCAGAGACAAAUGUUUUUGACAGAUAGCUAAAAGAAGAGUAACAUUGUGAUUUCAUUGUUUCCUUUCGCAUUUUAAAGGAACAAAUAUUGACAAAAUAUCUUAAAAAGAAACUUUGUUGCUAUUGUCCUUAAAAGAAAGAACAACCAGAACCUUUCCCACUAGAGGGGGACUGUGAAAUUGUAACUAAUUCUAGGGAGCUUGCAGCUGCCACAGAUUACAACCGUGGGAAAGGACUUGUGACCUUGUAGGACAAUGCUUUCAGAAGCUCUGUUGUGCGCUCUCUGUAAAAUAAAUGCCCUAUUGGAUCUGUUAAGUCAGAAGACGGAUUUGAUGACUAAUGCGGUCAGAACUUUUGAACAGGUAGUGGGAAACUAUAUGGAGCCCACCCAGGAACUAAAACAGGAGUGUGCCAUGACAGAACAGAUGAGAGAAGAGGAUGCUGCUGAAUCUUGGGCGCCAGAAAGGGAGGGAUUUUCGGCCCUGCAGGAAUAUGAGUCUUUGGAUUUGACAAAUGAACUUGGAAAAAACCAGAUUUGGAAAGAUAAAGUUUGGUUUGGUUUGGAAAUGGGGGGUUGGACUGACCCCCCCAUGCAGGGAUGUUUGGACUUUCCGAGUCUGGCAAUGGGCCGUCAGAUGUUUGGAGCUGUGGGGGCUCUCAAUUUUGGAGGGAAUCUGAAACAUGUCUUCAAAUACCACAUGGAGUUUAGUCUGGACUAUGGAAAAGGGGCUGAUUUGUUGAAAAGGGUCAAAAACAUUAUCAAGCUGGAGUUCCCACGAGUGAAAGGAAAAUAUGAAGAAGAGCUGCGGAAGGGACAUGGAAGAGACUUGACGGCCUCGGAUAUAAGAUCACCAGGUUAAUGUGCUAGAUCAAUGGGAUAAAAAGGACUGACAAAACCCGGGACCAGGAGGAAGGGAUGCUGGAUGAAGAUUGGAUUGUUCUUAUUUCUUUUUUUACCAUCAGGAUUGUUUUAUAAAAUUGAUGAAUGUUAGAAAAAUGUUGAAAUGAAAUUACUUGGCUCUUGUAAAAAUGUUUAAAGAAUUAGGUAAGAAUGUUAUGCUUAUGAGAAGUUGGUAAAAAUAAGAUUUAAGUUUUAAGCUUUAAGGUUUUCUAUAAGAUAAGAUGAAAAUAGAUUAAGGUAAUGUAAUGACAGAAUACUAUGAAUUAUGGAAAGGAUUUGCUGCGAAAAUUAUUAAUUAGGAUACAAGAAAAGGGAGGAGGAGGAGGUCAAAGAAAGAAGGUAAUGAAAGUGGAGAAUUUGAGAAUGAUGGUUUUUUUUAUUUUUUUAUUUUUUUGUCUUUUUCUUGUAAUUUUUUAAAAAAAUUCAAUAAAUAUCAUUUAAAAAAAAACAAAAAAAACUCACGGAACGAAUUAAUUUCGUCUUGCGAGGCACCACUGUAAGUUAGUUGCACUUAGUUAAGUCGUGACUAAUGUGCCCUGCUGGUUUUAGUUAAUUGAGUUUGGAUCCAGCCCAUUGUUUGUAGUACCUAGUGAUUUUUCACUCCCUCACUCCUAAGAGCAAAAGUCAAAGCAGUGUUUUUAUACCAACUGUCCAGACAGUUGGUUUUGCAGACCACUUAUUGUAGGUGUUGUUUAUAGCAAGCAGCCCCUCUCUUACAGGCCAUGACACUGUUUGAUCCUAACACAAUAUGCAGUGUUGCUUCACUCAACACUUACUUAACUUACAGAAUUAGCCAGCAUUCAAAAUUAAACCAGCAUGAGUCUUUUUUGUGACUCAAGGGCGCCAUCUAGUGACCAUGUUCAGCCCAGCACAUGGAGGGAGGAAUGAGCCACAUCGGCCCCAGCGGAGGCCGCUUGUUCCUCCCACCAGGCGCUGGCGGCAGAGGGAGUCCCACCACCACCAGCACCCAGCUCACUGAGGGAGUCAGGAGCAGGCAAGUUCCACCCACGAUACACCACCAGGUGAAGGCGCUAUUGCGCUCUGGCUCUCAAUCCGUUCCUGGGCAAUGUAUCAAUACAUUGCCCGGGCCUAGGUGUCAUCUGCAAAUUUGAUGAGCAUCCCCUCAAUUCUUUCAUCUAAGUCAUUUAUAAAGACAUUGAACAACAAAAGGCCCACUUGGACAGAAUCCUGCGGCACCAACACUUGUCACUUUCCCCCCAGGAUGACAAGGAACCAUUAAGUACUCUUUGGGUUCAGUCAGUCAACCAGCUACAAAUCCACCUAACAGUUACCUUGUUCAACCCACAUUUUACCAGCUUCCUCACAAGAAUAUCAUUCCACAGGGAGGGUGCCACUACCGAGAAGGCCUUCUGCCUUUUUCACUGUAACUUAAUUUCUCACAGUGAGGGAACCAUCAGAAGGCCUUCGGAGCUGGACUUCCAUGUCUGGGCUGAAUGAUGGGGAUGGAGACGCUCCUUCAGGUAUACAGGGCCAAAUCUGUUUAGAGCGUUCCGCUCAGUUAAGAGAAAACAGGAGUGAAUGGUUACAAACAGCAAACAGAAGCAUCUCAUCUCUUUCCCUUUGCAUGUCUAGAGGGGGGUGGGAAUGCACAAGCUCAGAUUGCACCUGCUCAUUCAAUAAGAUGGUUUGUCAUUAGGUCUAAAUCAGGCCAUUCUGUGACUCCUCUUCUCGCUUGUCUCCCUCUUCUGCAUAAAGUGAAUGCACACAAAGUAAAAGAUCAGCUAACAUGUAGAAAGAGCUUAGGCUUGUUUCAGUUUGCACAGACCUUCAGUUUUGACAUCCAUGAGACUCAAAAUGAAACUUGAUAAUUGAAGCUAAGUAUCUUUUAGACAAUGGCCUUGUUAGCAUGUAAUGAUAAGUCAGACUUCUGGAGUAUAUUGGUUUAUUGUGUAAACAAACAGCAUGCUGGUGUACAGUACUCCUCCCUGGUGCAAGUAGAGUAAACAAAACAAGAAGCUGGUGCUUCCUGUUAUGUUUGAAUCAGAGUUUGUGGUUUAUUUUUUCCAAACAAGUACAGUGACUAGCCAACCUUGCUGAUCAUGGCUUCUCCAGAUGAUGAUCCUUCAUUCAAACAUAGUUUGAAGCCAAGGCUUCCUGGUUUGUUUAUCUGGUUUGCACCUGGAGAGGAGCCAUCGGGCUGUAUGCAGCAGCACAGUGGCUUCCCAGUUUCACACCCCACACCCACACUCAUUAACCACUUGAAAAUUGCUGAGUGACAACAUGGACCACUUAAUGAUUUGUAGCAAUUGUACUGUGCCAGAUGCUAUAUGAUUUGCAUAGAAUUCAAAUUGUAAUGCAAUAAAAGGAGAUACAGGAGAACUUUUGUUGCUGCUACUGGCACAGUUGGAUCUCACCCAGUUUCAUAUUUUAAAAGCAAAGUAUAUAAUUUUUGUGUGUGUUCAGAGUCUUGUAAGAUGCUCUUGAGAACUUUUGUAUGAUAAGCGCAUUUGUUUAUUUUAUGUUGAAUGUAGGUUCAGAUGCAAGUCCACCCUAAGCUGUCAUCUACUGAAGAUGCCUUGCAGUAUGUUGAGGAGUUAAUACUGCAGUUGCUGAACAUGUUAUGCCAAGCUCAGCCAAGAAGCUUCCUGGAUGUAGAGGUACAAGAAGAGUUUGUAGCUAUUUAUGCACUACUGUUAUUUGCUGCUGCUGAUAUAUUAUUAAUUCAGUCAUUCAUCAUUGGAUUAUUAACACUUUGUUUUGUUUACAAUAUUGUAUUAAAUUAUUUGGUUCUUCUAUAUCUUUUAUUAUUACCUUAUUCUGAUACCUUGUGAGCUGUUUUGGGUACAAAUAUAUUAUGGGAAAGCAGCAUAUAAAUUAAUUAAUAAUGAGGAUUCUGAUUUUGACCUUUUAUUGGGGGGUGAUAAGUUUGGAAAAUUAUUAGCAAAUAUAUAGAUUUGUUAUUAAUGUCUCUGUUCUUACACAAAUUAAUAAUGUUUCCAUAACCAAACUAGAUAUCUUUCAGUGACUUAAGAUAUUGUAAAAAAAAAUGUUAUGUGCUGAUUAUAUAUUUAGCUGCAAUUCCUAUUUUUUAAAAGGAUCGUGUACAAAAAAGCUUUCCCCAUCCUAUUGAUAAGUGGGCAAUAGCUGAUGCACAGUCUGCAAUUGAAAAGAGGAAGCGAAGAAAUCCAUUAUUUCUCCCAGUAGAAAAAAUUCACCCAUUGUUAAAAGUAAGUAUUCUAAAUUUAGUGUAUAAAAUGUUGCAAAAUUAACAGAAGUUACCCAUUUGUUCUUCAAAGCUGAAUUACUUCCUAUAAAGACAAAUUUUUAAAAACCACUGUACCUAGAUUUCACUCAAAUCUAUAAAUCUUAUUAAAGUAAUCUCUGAUCCUAGCUAGUAAGAGAUCUAACUAGAAUUCAAUAAAUCUUAGCUGGUGUAAUUUGACUGCCACAAUCUUACACUUCCCUUGACUUGGAAGCAAUACCUGCUUGAUUAGGCCAUGGGCAUCCAGUCCAGCACUUUGUUCUUAUAGUGACCAACCAGCUGUCUGUAGGAAGCCUGCAAGCAGAACCUGAGCCCAACAGCAUUCUCACUACUUGCAGAUCCCAGCAACUGGUAUUCAGAGGCAUAAGCGUUAAUAUUGGUCUCAUAUUUUAAAGCCAUCCAGUUGGUGGGGAUCACUACUACUUGUUGGAGUGAAUUCCAUAGUUUAUAGACUUUCUUUUGUCUCCCCUGAAUCUUCCGGCAUUCAGCUUGAUUGGGUAUCCCCAACUUCUAGCAUUUUGAGAAGCAAAAGAUAGAGAAAAUUGUUUCUUUAUCUCCACUCCACGGACAAUUUUGUACACCUCUAUCCUGUCCCCUCUUACUCAUCUUUUAACUGAAAGCCCCAAAUCUUGUAAUCUUUCCUCAUAGCAAAUUUGCUCCACCUCCUUGACCAUUUUUGUUGCCUUUUCUGAACCUUUUCCAGCUCUACAAUAUCAUUUUUUACGUGAGGCAACCUUUUUGACAUGAGGCAACACAGUAUUCCAAGUUAUACAAAUAUAGAUUUGUAUAACAGUAUUAUAUGUUUUAUGUUCAUUAGCUUUCCUAAUGAUCCCCAGCAUUAUAUUUUCACGUUUUACAACUGCAGAACACAGGGCUGGAUACAAGUCUAUAAUAAUUGCUGUGCCAUUUGACUAAUAAGAAAUAUAUUUAAGUUACCGUAUUUUUCGCCCCAUAGGGCGCACCGCCCCAUAGGACGCACCUAGUUUUUUGGGGGGGGGGAAUAAAGAAAAAAAAAUUAUUUUCCCCCCUGGCCCGAGCUUCCCCCAAUCCCAGCCCCGAGAACAGCCUGCUAUCCGCAAGCCUAGGGAGGCCAGCGGUAAGUCGCGCCGGUCUCCCCAGGCUUCGGAAUGCAGGCAGCUCUGCGCAGCCAUCGGGAGGCGGGCGCGACUUACCCCUCUCGCUCUCCAGGCUUCAGCGAAAGCCUGCAUUCGCCCCAUAGAACGCACACACAUUUCCCCUUCAUUUUUGGAGGGGAAAAAGUGCGUCCUAUUGGGCGAAAAAUAUGGUACUUUGUUUGGUGUUAACAAUUACGAUGCUCCUGUCACCAGUAACUCAACAUUUCAGCAAAAGCAUUAUUGUUAGAACUAAAUUGUUGUUAGCUGUCUAAAAAUGACCAUGCUUAUAUGACACAGGAGCAAAUUGGUGUAGAUGUUUAAAAGCAUGAAUUUAUUAGGUGCAUUUGUGUAACCCAACAUACUAGAAUAAGUUAUUUCUCUUUCAGGAAGUUCUGGGCUAUAAAGUUGACCACCAAGUAUCUGUUUACAUAGUGGCAGUAUUAGAAUACAUUUCUGCAGAUAUCUUAAAGUUGGUUGGGAACUAUGUACGGAAUAUUAGACAUGAUGAAAUUACAAAACAAGACAUCAAGGUGGCAAUGUGUGCUGAUAAGGUAGGUAGAAUUUAUAUUUGUAAUUACUAAAGGUUUUAGAUCCAGAAGAGUCCUUCCACAAACAACAUGGGUCCAUAAACAGAAGGGGCUUUGAUCUUGCAUGAGUGGAAGGGGGGAAAUGAUAUACAGCCAUAGCUUGGAUCUCGAACGACUUGCAAGACGAACGUUUUGGGUCCCGAAUGCCUCAAAUCUGGAAGUGAUUGUUCCGGUUUGCAAACUUUCUUUGGAACCCGAACAUCCGUAGCGACUUCCAUGGCUUCUGAUUGGCUGCAGGAACCUUGGUUUCCAAACCAUUUUGGAAGUCGAAUGGACUUCCAGAAUGGAUUCCAUUCGACUUCCAAGGUACCACUGUAAAGGUAACUCGCAUCUUACUUUUAUUUUACUUAAGCCAUUGCAUAAGUGAGGCAGAAUAUAUAGAGAAAGGAGGAAACCCAUUCCCCAUUUAUUUAUCUCCCCGCCCCCAAGCUGUAAUUGCUUUGGGAAAGCAGCAGGAGGGCUUUGGGACACUGCCAGAGCCUUUGCACAUCUUCCCCAAAUCCAUGUAAGCAGCUCUCCACCUAGUGGGGUGGGGCGGUUCCCAGAGUCCCUGGCUUUAUGUGUUUAUGCAUGUAACCCUGGAACCUAACCUUUGUGUAAGAUGCAAGUUACCUGUACUCUGUGAUCUGCCAUCUCUCAUGCUGUUCUGCAGAAUCCUCCAGCUGUUUAGAGCAGAUUUUCAAGAGGUUGCAAGAGCACGGGUAAUUAGGCAGAAGUUGCCUCCUUUGCCCCUUUAUUGUUUCAGUGAUUAAUGGUAUUUGCAUACUGAUUAAUUGUUAUGAAUGGAGCUCAAUAAUAGAUACAAUAAUAGAUAUUAAACCAGCCCAUAUCUGGGCAAGAAGAGAAUCUGUUCUAUUUUCUAUAUUAAAUUUCUCCAGUUUCUCAGGUCACAAGUGAGAUUUAUUGACAUCAAAUUUUAACCCUCCAGUGGAAGGCACUUUCACUUGUGUAGUGGAGCUUUCACUGCCUCUGUGCCUCCUCCCGCCCCAACUCUCUGCAGCCCCAAACCCACAAGAGCAGAGUUGAGCAAUGCUGGGGGGAAAGGGGAAGUCCUGUUGCACAUAAAAAGUUCACGUGUGAUGUUGGAUUUUACCCUUUUUAAAAAAAAAAUUCUAAUGGAGUCUGGUGAAUUUCUUUUGCUUCAGUCAAUAUUGAACUUCUGUAUCCUAAUUAUUCACACUCUAACAGUUUAAUAUUCAUAGUGAACCCCUCAGCUAAAUUAUAUCUGGAUUUCCAUUUAUUAAUUUUAAAUAUAUACUUUUCACUAUAUGCCUCAAAGCAGCUUACAGAAAGAAUAAGCAUACAAUAUACAAAAGCCUAAACAUAUAAUAAUAAGCUAAAUCAUCAGAAAGUAAAAAAACACAAAGCAGCAUUCAUAGUGCAAAACCCCUCUGUAGUAAAACUGUGUUAACCUGGCAUCUGGAACUUAGCAGGGGUGGUGCCUGCUCAGCCGCUUGUUGUGCCGCAGGUGGUUUUCUUGUUCAUACGGGAUUAUGAAUAAUUCUGCCUCCGAAGAUCUCAAUGAUCCUGGGCCCAAGUUGUUCAGGGCUUUGUACACCGAUAGCGAAAACCUUGAAUUAAGCUCAGUAGCAAGUGUAUCUUAGAAGACUAAGUCUGGGGAAUAUAGAAUUUAGAUUUUUCUCUUCCCUUUAUGGUCAUGACACUAGGUACUUUGAACGACUUUAGGUGAAGCAACCUAAACUUAGAUGUAUGACUGCCAGUCUCCUAGAGACUGGGAUCAUACACAGCACAGCUUGCCUUCUUCUAUAUUUGAUUUCAGCUUGGUUAGUAACAGUUUUAUUCCCCAGGGCUCGCUUUAACUUCGAUUACAUCUUUUCUCAAAAGUUAUUACUUGCCCCCAUCUUUAUUUAAAUAGGUGUUGAUGGAUAUGUUCCAUCAGGAUGUAGAGGAUAUUAGUACGCUGACUUUAUCUGAUGAAGAACCCUCUACUUCUGGAGAACAAACCUACUAUGAUCUUGUAAAGUCAUUCAUGGCAGAGGUUCGACAAUAUAUAAGAGAACUAAAUCUUGUAAUAAAAGUUUUUAGAGAACCUUUUAUUACCAACCCUAAGCUGUUUUCAGGUCAUGUAAGUACUGCUAUUUAAUUUUAUUUUGAUAUGAUUGUUUUGGAAAAGCCUAUUCAGUCUGAGUCGUGUACAGCCUUAGCACAAAAACUUAAUGAGCAUAAGCAUUUGAAAACCAAAAAAUACUGUAGCCCUGUUUACAAGCUUAAAUUCAUGUAUCCUCUACUGUGUGGGUGGGUGGGUGGUUGGAUGUGUGGAAGCAGGAAUGUGGUCAUUGCUGCCCUGGACAGAAGGUUAGCAUAUACAUUUAAUAAAUGAAUUAGCAAAUCCACUCCAUCAUAUUCUCAACAGCCUGUCUCUGCACUCACCCACAAGUUAGUGCUGAACGUCUGUAGCUUGCCAUCCAUGUGUAAGGGUCAUUAUAUGAUUUGGAAUCCUGCAGAAUCAAGGUUGUGAAAAAUGCAGAGAGCAUGGACAAAUAAAGCAGGCUCCUCGAUGCAGACAUUCACUUUGCCUGUAUGACAGGAUGUAAAGCUAGUGAGUGCAUCCUUCCUCACAUUCAAAUUUAAACCCUGAAAACAUUUGUAUAAAUGCUAUUUGAGGUGCUAGUAUAGUCAAUCCGGUUACAGGUGCCAUCACACAGAUACAUACAUACAUAUAUUCACUUAAAACCUUUAUCAGACAAUCAAGUGACUAGCAGGACAAAUUCCUGAAGACUGAUUUACAUCUUAAUUCAUGGUUAUAUGUAAACCAGCUUGCUUCUGCCUCUUUGGAGACCUGAAACAGGAUAUUACCCCCUCAAACCUGCCCUCAUUACAGGUAUCAUAGAUUUUCUAAUGUCCCAUUAUCAAUCCAAUUAAGGGUUGGGAUCUAAAGAGUCCUGGUUCCAAGUGAAAGACACAUCUGCGCAUAACUUGGGGAGAGGGCAGGAGAGAUUUUUCUUUAGUCAAAAAGUGAAUGCUUGUUAGGAAAGCCAAUACUUGUACAUUUUUUUCUUAUGUCUUAAAUAGUCGCCAUGAAAUCUGUAUUAUUCAGGUUCUGCAGUAUUUAUUCUUGCUUUGGUUGACUAACUCCCACCUCCAAUUACUAUUUAUCAAUCCAUUCAUUUUUGCAGGAUGUAGAAAAUAUAUUCAGUCGAAUAUCAGAUAUUCAUGAACUUAGUGUGAAGUUGUUGGGCCAUAUUGAAGACACAGUCGAAAUGACAGAUGAAGGUAGUCCCCAUCCCUUGGUUGGAAGCUGUUUUGAAGAUUUAGCUGAGGUAGGUAAUAGUAUUUAUAGAUUUGUUGCUUAUAUGCUGUUGUUGUUUAGUCGUGUCCGACUCUUCGUGAUCCCAUGGACCAGAGCACGCCAGGCACCCCUGUCUUCUGCUUAUAUGCUACAUAUUGCUAAUAAAUUCUAGACGUAUCCUAUAAACUGCAAUAAAAUAUAUCCGUAAUGCCGUACUCUUAAGCAGUUUAUGUUGGCUAAAAAUUUCAACUGCAUGACUUAGAGGGAUAGAUUACUUGUUAGAAACCAGUUACCAUGUACACAGAUAGCUGUACAUGUUCUUCUACUUCUAGUGUGUUUCGGUAUAUAAUCUUUAAGGGGGAAAAAAUCUCUUCUCGCCUCCAAAUAUUUAUUGAUUAGACAAUACUACUUAUUAGUUCAUAAAUGAAUUAUAUCCAGUUACUUUAAACCAGGCUUCCUCAACCUCGGCCCUCCAGAUGUUUUGAGACUACAAUUCCCACAAUCCCUGACCACUGUUCCUGCUAGCUAGGGAUCAUGGGAGUUGUACGCAAAAAACAUAUGGGGGAGCCGAGGUUGAGGAAGCCUGCUUUAAACUCUGUCAUACGUAGGUUGCUUUAUUUUCAAACAUUUUGUCUUAUCUCGUAUUAAUUUCUUUCUAUAUAACUUCUAUAUCAUUUAUAAUCUAUUUAUUAUUAUCUAUAUAUAAUAUAAUUUAAUUAUACUCUUAAGCAUUGUAUAUUAAUAAACUGAGUGAUUAAUUUCAGUUGCAAUCAGGAGCCUGUGUGUUGUUUUGUUUUGUUUUGUUUUGUUUUGUGUUUUGCUUUGUUUUGUUCUACCAUAUAAGCUUUACUCCCUAUUCCACUGAGUUGCUAAUGACCGAAACAAAUUGGAAUCCAAUGAAUGUUGGUGCAUUGGCCAGUUUCUGGUAUGGUAUGCACUAAUAUUGAUUGGGUUCCCAAAUUAAGAUAAGGCAGUAAACAUAUUCCUAUCUAUCUGUCUAUCUAUCUACCUACCUAUCUGUAUAUUGCAUGAUAGCAUUGAAACAGUGUUUGAGUAAACUGAAAUAUUCUAAAAUCCUUUAUUUAGGAGCUAGCAUUUGAUCCUUAUGAAUCGUACACUCAAGAUAUUUUGCGGACUGGUUUUCAUGACCAUUUUCUUAGCCUACUGUCAAAGCCUGGUGCAGCAUUCUAUUUACAGGUAUGUUAAGUAGUAAAGUUUACAAUGCAGAUGAUGCAAUAAUUGGACUUGUUUGUGAAACUGAAAUAUCUUUUCAUUUCUAGUCAAUAGGAGAUGGUUUUAAAGAAGCUGUUCAGUAUGUUUUACCCAGACUGCUUCUAGUUCCUGUUUACCAUUGCCUUCACUAUUUUGAACUUUUAAAGGUAAGAGAGUGGUAGACAUGAUUGCAUCUAAUAUUUCAAAGAUUUUAUGUUUGAUUUUAAAUAGCAUUUGCAGCCCACUUAUAUUGUCAUGUGAUCUUGCUUUUGGCACUGGGGUUUUUCUGAAGAACAGUGCACAAUUAGCAAGUAGAGUGCUGAUGUAGGUAAAUAUGAAUUUACAGUGUUCAUAUGCCACACUUCAUAAAAUCUUGUCCCAAGGUGGUUGAUAUAAUUAAAAGAUACAAGAUACAAAAAAAAAAAUCAAAAUCAAAUAAAACAGUUAAACUUCAAAGUGAUUUUUUCCCCUACAAAACCAGUGUUUAAAAUAGGAGACCUUAAAGGGAUUAAAACAUUUUGAUCUGACACCUACAUGGUAGUAAAAGGCACAAGGCAAAUGCAUCUGGGAUUUUAAAAAGUUAAAUUACAGUCAAGAGAAUAGGGUGAGUUGUAUAUCUUGGGUGUUAAAGGGGUAUGAAUGUGCUUCUUAAGCCUACAAAGAAUAAAACAUAAUGAAGAUGCCUGAAACACCUCUGGGGGAAGGGGAUUUCACAACUUAGACACUGGGAUGUAGAAUUACACACUUAAGUUAUAGACUGGAAACAGUCUGUUAUUGAAAACUGAGCACCUAGAUUUUAAUUAAAGCUAGAUGUUGGACUCCUCAGUUUGGCAUCUUUACUUGCAACCAUUUAUCUUUCUUAGUCUCCUUUCUCCAAGUUAACACUCUUAACUUAAACUGAUAGCAGUUGGCAGCCUCUAUCUCAGUGUCUCAGUACUAUGAUUCCUUCCAUGGAAUGUGAACACUUGAGCAGGCUUCAUGAGCCCUUCUCAUAGAUUGCUACCAUAUUAUUUGAUCUCUUAAGGGACUGUGACAAAUUUUUUGCUGCUGAAGGAUGAAAUCUGAUUUGUAAACUUAUGUAGAAGUAUUAACUAUUAUUUUUACUUUCGUAGCAAUUAGAAGAGAAAAGCAAAGAUCAAGAGGACAAAGAGUGUUUGAAGCAAGCAAUUACAGCCCUACUUAAUCUUCAGAGUAGUAUGGAAAGGAUAUGCUCAAAAAGUCUUGCAAAGAGAAGACUUAGGUAAAUGCAUUUCCACCCCCCACCGCACCCCUCGCUUUUAGCCUGGUUUGUUGUUCUAUAAAGCCAGGCUUUCCAGUUUCCUCUUUCAGUAAACAAUGAACAAAGCAGUUUGUGGCAAGCCUACUUUUUCAAAGGAAGUGACAUCAAAGUCCAGAUAGCUAUUGUUUUCAGAGUCUCUGAUAUGUGUGUGUCCUUGUACACUUCUAGUGAAUGCAUCUUGAGAAUCUUCUGGUAAGCAGCAAGAAAAAAGGUUUUUCAUUAGCUGUUAAGAAAUAAAAAUACCAUGCAGAACCAUUUGAAAUGCCUAACAAUUUUUCUGUUAACUCUUGAUGCAGUUAUUGUAGCGUGCACUGUAUUUAAAGUAAACAACAGUGUGGUGUCAGAUUUUCUUUCAGAUGCUUACAAUCUUAAUCAGGAAAUAUUACUUGCCACUUUACUGUUUAAUCAGAAUUGAUUGGUUAACUGGAAUUCUGUAUUAGGCAUAUAAUUUAAACAUUAACAGUGACCAUAGCACUUUCAGGUCUGGAACGUUUGAAGCUGGCUCAUGGAACAUACUUUGAAUACUUCUUCAGGCUAAUUGUUUUCAAAGUUAAGCCUGCAUUAGUUAUUUUUUUGCUAGUAUGUGCAGCUGCUGUUUGAAUUAAUGUCAUUUUGUUUCUCUUUCAAAGUGAAUCUGCAUGCCGGUUCUAUAGUCAACAAAUGAAGGGAAAGCAGCUAGCGAUCAAGAAAAUGAACGAGAUCCAGAAGAACAUUGAUGGUUGGGAGGGUAAAGAUAUAGGACAGUGCUGCAAUGAAUUUAUAAUGGAGGGGACUCUCACACGUGUGGGUGCCAAGCACGAAAGACAUAUAUUUCUCUUUGAUGGUUUAAUGAUUUGUUGUAAAUCAAAUCAUGGCCAGCCAAGAUUGCCUGGUGCUAGCAAUGCAGAAUAUCGUCUGAAAGAAAAGUUUCUCAUGAGGAAGGUACAGAUCAAUGAUAAAGAUGACACUAAUGAGUACAAACAUGCCUUUGAAAUAAUUUUGAAAGAUGAGAACAGUGUUAUAUUUGCUGCAAAAUCGGCAGAAGAGAAAAACAACUGGAUGGCAGCCUUGAUCUCCUUACAGUAUAGAAGCACCCUGGAGCGAAUGUUAGAUGUAACAAUGCUACAAGAAGAGAAGGAGGAACAGAUGAGAUUCCCAAGUCCUGAGCUUUAUAGGUUUGCAGAACCUGAUUCUGAAGAGAAUAUUGUUUUUGAAGAAAACAUGCAGCCCAAAUCUGGAAUUCCUAUUAUCAAGGCAGGCACUGUUGUCAAACUCAUUGAGAGACUUACAUACCAUAUGUAUGCUGGUAAGGAAUUUUUCCAGGUCUUUAAAAUAUCUGAAUUUAUGUUUGUGUGAAUUUUCGUUUAUUAGUAUCUUCUAUCUUUCAUACACCCAGAGAAUCAAGGUGGUAUAGGUUUCUGAUAAAAGUGGCAGUUUGUAAAAAAACUUUUAGCAGUAUCCUUGAGUUGAGUGACUAUGCCUCUAGUUACACCUGUCCAGUAGCUCAGAUGCUGGAUCAUUUUAUCUCUGAGAUAAAGAACAAAAAGCAUACAUCCAGUUGAUGAGCAUUAAUAUCCUGUUAACAUUAACAAACCUACAGAGAACUAGAGCCGUUCUUUAGGAAACAGACUCAAUUGAAAUGUCAUGUCAGCUGUGCUAGUAUACAUGCAGAAGCAUAAACAGAUAGUACAGACUAAUUUAUUACAUCUAUAAACUUCAGCAGCUGCCUACCAGAAGAGAGGGUAUUUAUGUGUAACAAUGUGGUUUUGUAACAUUGUUUUGUAAUAGUGCUAAUAUUAAUAAAUUUAUUUUUUUAAAUAGAGGAAUAUGCUUAUCUUAAAUCACUUGAAUCAGGUAGUCUCAAAUAAAUUGAAAACAUUACCUAUAAUUUGUUCAAGUUGUGAUAUAGCAGUUAAGUAUUGAAUCAAAUACCUUGGAAUGCAAACGUCUAGACUUAUUUAAGGUACCCUCAUAUGCAAUUGGUUCACCUAUUUUAUGUGCUUUGGUUACAGUAUAUUAAUGGGGGAAAUCUUAAUUAUUUAAACUUGUCCACAUAUCCUAAAGGCCAUUCCACUUUACAAAAUAGUUGAGAAACACCUUUGACCCUAAAUGUUGUGCUAAAGCAUGAUGCAUUUGAUAGUGGUGGGGGUAUGCUCAUCUGACUUAGGAUGUUUUUUCCCAUGCUAGCUUUUAAUAUUUCAUUUCAGAGAGGAAGGUUAAAUCCAUGGAAAUUGUAUUCAGGAGGACUUUUAUGUAGAAUUCUAUCCUCUCCUUUUUCUGGCUAAUGGGUGCAGAAUAUAGUCACAAGAAUAGCACUUGCUAUGCAGUACAGUGGUGCCCUGCAAGACGAAUGCCUCGCAAGACGAAAAACCCGCUAGACGAAGAGACUCGCGGAACGGAUUAUUUUCGUCUUGCGAGGCACCACUGUAUUCGUAAUAUGCCACAGUUGUAUACAGGGCUGUGUGUAUUUCAUACUAAAAGGAAUUUGGAACCCCAAUCCAAAUUCUGCUUUAAUUAAAAGAAUGGUUUUAAGUCAUGUAUAAAUUGUGCAAAAUCUGUAUUUUAGCAUAGAUAUGCAUAUUUUUGUGAUUUCUUGGGCACCUACUGAAAAACAUAUUCAUCCACUACUCUGGCUUCUGAAGCUUUUGCAAGGUUUACCAAGUACUAAAAGGGCCAGAUAUUAGCUUUUAAAAAAUGAAAAAGCAGGAUGCUGAAUUCUGCAUCCACUGCUACAGAAAUGCAGCAUGCACACCGCCCCAUUGAGUUCCUAGAAAAAUGUACAUACCUUUUCCAGUUCUUUUUCAUGAGAACAGUAAACAAAAACUACUGUGCAUGAAUAUGCGGAUAUAUUUGGAUAGCUUCCCUUGCUUGUUUUUUGAGUUGCAGAGUUCUAAAUCUUGAAUCAAUACCUCUUUUCACCUCUUCUAACUAAACAAACACAUUCUCUUCAAAUUGCUUAAAUUGGUCAUUAAAAGAUCUAAAUUCCAUCACUAAUGAUUCCUUAAAAUCAUCAGUAGUGUAUGUGCUUCUAUAUCAACUGUUUCUUUUCUCUAGCUGUUUCUAUUGGCUAUUCUAACAGCAAAGCUUUUGGGAAAAAUAAUAUCGUUAUACAUAGGUCAGUGGACCUCAGCAUUAAACGCUGAAAUUCAUUCUUACCAAAUCAGCACGAUAAAUAGAAUAAACUCAUUAUCAUUUCAACAGACCAUAGUAAAGCUUUUCAGUGGUGUCCUCCCAUUUGUAGAAUGCUCUCACCAGUAGAAUCAGCUGGUGCUGACAUUGAUAUCUUUUCAGCACCAGGCAAAGGCAUUCCUCUUCUAAGCAUUUGAAUGCUAAUUCCUUGCUCUGUUUGUACUUUAACUAGGUAAGUCUUUGAUCGAGCUUUUGUUGAGGAGAGGAGCUAUUUUAUGAUUUUAUGUUUUAACCACUUUUAGUGGUGUUCUGGUUUUAAAAUAAACAUGUAUUUUGUAUUAUUGGAAUUCUAUUUUUGUUAAUCACUUUGAGAUUCCUUGUAGAAAGCAACUAAUAGAUUGAACAAAAAAUAAACAGUUGCAUCCAAUGCUGUCCAUGGACAAGCAGAAUGGAGUUCAGCUCCUUCAACAAGACUUUCUCUGUUCCCCAUUUCAGCCUCUGUGUAUCCUCAAAACCUGCUCUGGUGGGUUGGAGGACACCCCCCCCCCUUAUAUCACAGAUUUUGGAGACACACAGGGAACUGCAGGUUGGAGAAGUCCUGUUCUGUCAGCUUAAGUCCUUUUGCACAAGAUUGGGUUGUGCAAAAUCAUAAUGGGGGAAGGUGGGUGGGUUUGCCUUGGCUCACCUGGUAUGGAAGCUCUGGCCCUCUCCAUUCUACCCCAUAUACUGGGAUGCUUUUUGUUGGUGACUAGUUUGUGUAAAUGAAUGGGAAGUUGGAAUCGGGACCAUUAGCUCCUUGUGGUGCAAAAGUGGCCAGGUUGAGCAAAUGGCAUUUAAAUUCAGUAUGGGUUAUUUGACAGAACUUUUACUUCUUCCCAAAGCCUUUGGUUUUUUUGGCCUCUGUUCACAGUUCUGUGUGUGGUAAAAGUUCAUUUCCAUUUCCUGAUUUGGCCCUUCCAGUUUUGAAAGAGCUUGCAACUUUUUUUCUCUUGGAGGGUUGUGCUGUUCUAUUUAUAGAGCUUUGAUACGUUGAAUGCUUGUGCGUCAGCAUAGUGUCCAUUUCCUUUCUUAACGCAUUCAGGAAUGGUUAUUUAUGAUUUUUUUAGAUGUUGUUGUUCUUUUAGCUUUUUAAAAUGCCUGUUUGAGGAGAGAUUUAUCACAUAGACAGACAUCCUGACUUAACUGUGUGUGUGUAUUUUUAACCAACGACUUGGCUCUAUGAAGUCAUUGCAGGAAAAGAAUUUAGUAGGAAAAUUGAACUUGCCGUAAAGUAACAUCAAACAAAGUGAUAGAAAGGUAUGAGUUUUAUAACUAAAUGUGCAUACUGAAUAGUGUAUGUAAAUGCAUUGUUCUAAUGUUGGGACAGAAGUUACAGUAGCUGUCCCUUAGCCCUGAUCAAGAAAGGGCCUUGGGUUGAUGCCCUCCUUCCAUUAAAGUCUACUUCUGUGCUCCAGAACAUCCCAGGUCAAAUUAACCCCAAGUGAUUCUGGUGCAUGCACAGUGAACCCCAUGAUUAAGGGUGAGAGGAAUUCAUGUCUGAGAGGUUGAGGGCUAUAUGAAAGGAGUGCAUGAGGCUUAUUCUCUCCUUGUAGGUAGUAGGAAAUUCAGUAUGGGGAAGGUCCCAUCUCUGGGAUUGGGUAGGCAGGACCUCUCCCCAAAUCCAUUCUUGGUCAGGGAAGGCUUUUACAAAGCUCACCCAAAGAGCUGAAGGUCAUGUGAAGACACACUAAUUAGGGUAACUGCAUUCAAGUUGUUUCCUGUGCUGUGCAGUAGGGCCUUGACUUCCUCUUGCUGCAGUCUGAAGGAACCAUGAUGGUUAAAUUCAACCCUUCAAGAGUCUCGAACCACCAUAGAUGUGGUAGCAGUGGACACUUUAAAAUAUUCAACAUUGAUCCUUGUCUUCUAAUUUGGAAACAACAGAACUAAAAACAGUGUAAGCUUGCCAGGGAAGAGGAUAAAAUUUCUGGUUCAGGAGAGUUGUCUCUUGUUAAAAUUGUAAAGAAGCAGAAGCCUUUUUUCUAGUUAUUAGUACUGUAUUUUUGUUGUUGUAAAAGGUACUCGAUAUUUCAGUGGGUUGUGCAAUGGGUUUAAAUCAUACUUUUAGUUAUACUGCUAUAUGAUUACAUUUGGCCUUUGGCAAAACAAUAAAGAUUUGUGUUUGUCCCUAGCUAAAUCUUCAGUCAGAGUAGCUUUAACCAAAUAGUUUUGCUCAGAGCCUUUUAGGUCCUGUACAGCAGAUGUGCUUUCCUGGGAUUUACUGCUGCUUGACAUCCUUAAGUUAAACACCCUCCUGUGUACAAGAAAGAAGGGGGAAACUCUUUCUUGAUAGGCUUCUGUUCUUCUGGUAGAUAGUGCAUUCUGACCACCCAUCAGAUGAUGUGUUUUCAUGUUUGAGUAUGGUUUGCAUUGUUAUUUGAUUCUCUCACAUGUGUAGUUUCCUACCUUGGAGCUUCCUUCACGAUCUAGGGACACAUUUCACCCCCCCCAAGCAGUAGCAGCUAGCAGGGCUGCCCAGCCUGGUGGGUGCUAUUCACCUAGCUUCCCAAUGCUACACUCACUGCUGACUACCGAAAGGGGGAGGGACAAGGCAGCAGGGAGCUUGGUGUGGUGUGGUGUGGGCACAGUGGCAAAGCCGGUCCAAUGCCCCCAUCAAGCUCCUUACUGUCUUGUCCCUCUCUCAGUAACCGGCAAUGACAUGCAGUGUUAUUAGGCGAGAUGUGCAACACGACCCUGCUUCCCCACUGGCUACUACUCCCUUCAGCAAAAUACAGUUGGCUCCGCAGUCCCAGAAGCAAGAUGUUGCUUUACCUAAGUACCUUUUCGCCUACAAAGAGAGCAGAAAUCCAUCUAGAAUGAAUGCCCUUUCCCCAUUCCCUCAGCCAUGAUUAGGUGACAUCUCUUACAACUGCAUCAGACUCCAGGGUUUGAGGCUUCUGAAGUUAACACCUAGAGUUCUUCACUAGCUGUCUAAACAAUUUAAAACAAUAUAGUGAAAUAUUUAUUUUGUCUCUCCUAGAUCCCAACUUUGUUCGAACAUUUCUUACAACAUACAGAUCUUUUUGCAAGCCUCAGGAAUUACUGAGUCUCCUGAUAGAACGGUAAGAGGACUUUUCUGAAAUACUGUGUUGUAAUUUUGGUUCCCUUCUUCUGAGAUGAGUUUUUAAAUAACACUUUUAUCCUAUGGAAAGGGGUGUGUGUGUGUGUGUGCGUGCUUAUGCCUAUUCCCUCUUCCCCCUAAGCACAUCCUGACUAUUGUCCACUACCUCCAGAAUAGAAGUUAAGGGAGACUAAAAAUCUCCCUUCCUCUAAUAGAGCAGUCCCAUCAGUGGAAAUCUGUCCGUGGGAAACCUGAAGCCAACCCAUUUUUCUUUACAGAUUUGCAUUUAAGAAAAACCCAAAUGCAAAUUUCAUGGGAAACAAUUUCUUCCCAAUUUAGUGUGAAUCUUCAAUUCCACAUUCUGUGUUUUACAUGCAUACCUAAAUAAAUGAAGUUACAGCACAUGACAGCUCUAAUGUGUAUGAAAUUAAACACAUAUUUAAUUUGAGGUACAGUGGUAUCUCAAGUUAAGAACUUAAUUUGUUCUGGAAGCCCGUUCUUAACCUGAGGUACCACUUUAGCUAAUGGGGCCUCCCGAGGCCACCGUGCGAUUUCUGUUCUCAUUCUGAAGCAAAGUUCUUAACCCGAGGUACUAUUUCUGGGUUAGCAGAGUCUGUAACCUGAAGCGUAUGUAACCUGAGGUACCACUGUACAGGCAAUUUUCCAUUCACAUGUGCUCUAUUUGCAUGUAACUAUGUGCACAUGGGGUGCCAGGAACCCAAAAGUGGAUCCAGAAAUGGGCAUCACCCUGGAGAGUCCUCCUAGCUCAUGGGGAGACUUUCCCCAGAGCCUCCCCACCUAACAUCACAUCAGCUGAGCAAACCCUGCAGCCCCCUAACUCAAGUGAGCCGGUCUGACUGCCUCAGCUGAUGUGCAAGGAAGAAGCUUCCCUCCGCGUCAGCUGUGCAAACCCCGCUGCCCUCUCUGGCUUAUGCCUGAUCAACAGUGGGGCUUGCUGAGUGACUCACUCCUCCAGGGUACUCCUGAUAUACACAGUUUUGGUUAUAUGCAGGGAUGUCCGGACUGUAACCCCCACAUAAAUUGAGGGUUGUCUGCAUUUAAUAUGUAAAAUACAAGUGCUAUUCAGUUAUGUCAUACUAAGUAGUCAGAUGCCUGUGUUGGCAUCCAUCUGUCUCAAGAGACAAUGGAGUGCACCUCCAGGUGUGAAGUCAAACCACAGAUGCCUGCAUCUUUGCAAAUUAUUUCCAUUUUACUCCAAACGAUAUUGAAUUUAUUUAAUCUCAGAUUGGUACCACUGUAGUAUAUUCCCUAUUCAAUCACACUUAAGGGUAUUAUACCUGUGUCAGUUGGAAAGCUUGAAAUUUUAUAGGGGUUGUGGCCUUUCCCUUUCCUGCCUGAAUGGAACUUUCCUAAAUAAAAUGUAAGAAUGUUAGUCCUAUUCCUUAUUGUUUAUUGCAAAUGUUAAAUACCUGUUUAGUAACCUACUUUUUACAUUACCAUCCCACAUUAGAUUUGAAAUUCCAGAACCUGAACCAACAGAAGCAGACCGCAUAGCUAUGGAGAAUGGAGAUCAACCACUUAGCGCAGAGCUAAAAAGAUUUAGGAAGGAAUAUAUCCAACCUGUACAGCUGCGGUAAGUAAUCUUAAGUGUGUAAACUGCAUCUUAUUUAGAUUUAGAUCCCAGUUUUUAAAAUCAGUGGGUGGGAUCCAAAGGACUGUACAAUGUUCUGUGCAUAUACCAGAGCUUUUCAACCUUCCCACCAUUGUACUUUCAAAAAGCCACUUCUGAUCCAGAGUUCCACAUGACUGAUCUUUAUUUGAAAUAUAUGCUUCAAAGUUUGUGUAAUUUCCUAAUGAACUGUGCUACAUUUAUUAAUGUAGUUAUAAUAUGCCUUAUCUGAAAAUAUUUCAGAAAUGGCACUUCAUCUACCUUGUGUUUCACUUGAUAGUAUUGUUGCUUAUAUAUUUUCUUCAUUACAGAUCUUAAUUCAGUGAUACCAUGCCUUUUCCAGAACAUUAUAUCACCUAACUAAUAUUGUCUCAUAUUCUGUAUUGUUUAUUCACCAUUUUAAUUCCACUAGAUGAUGCACAAGCCAUUACAAUCUAGAGGGAGAUAGAAUUCAUCCUUGAGAGACAUACUUUUUAACAUUUUUAAGUGCACAGUAAAUGUUAAUUGGUAGCAGAACUUGAGGAUGACCAUAGACAUAAACUGCGAAUCAGCUUGACCUUUUGCUCUGGCUAGGUUUCCUACCACUGCACACAUUCACUUAUUACCCAGCUACCAGAGCUUGGACUGGAGAUUGGGGAACUCAGUGUUCUAGUCCUCCUUUUCGAGGCCCAGUAAGUCAGACAGGAGUUUUGGCAUGGAUCCUGACAGCUGUAUGGCACUUCUUCAGGGAGUCAGGACAGUAUAUAUGCUGUAAAAUGAAACCAGCCCUACAGCUCUAGUAGACUUUGUCAAAAAUAAAUCAUAUAAACCUUGUCCUCAAAUAUUGUAUAAUCUCUGUUAAUGUUGUAGAGUUCUAAAUGUAUGCCGGCACUGGGUGGAGCAUCACUUCUAUGAUUUUGAGAGAGAUGUAGAUCUACUGCAACGGUUGGAAGAAUUCAUUGGCACUGUCAGAGGUAUUUGAUUUGACUAUUGCAAAGAUCUAGCAUGAUCUGCUUCUUUUUCUUUUGUACCUGCUUUAUUAAAGUGUGAUGUUUCAGUUUGCCAGUUGGGCUUUACAAGGCAAAGGUCACUAAUGAGAUACACAGAUGGGCACCCUGAGCCAGGAGAUCCAAGAGUCAUUCAGGCUGAGCAUGUGCCAGCAAGACUGAUCUCAAAGUCACACUGAUUUUAGGACAAAAAAUAAUAAUUUUCCUCCAGUUUUUGUUCAUGACUAUGGUAGCAACUGGAAGGAAAAUUUCCAGGUGCAGAAAAGGGUAGGAUGGUUGUCUGGGCUAUUCUGGACAGUUAGAUGCUUGGCUGUAGGUGGGUGUCUUUUGGUAUUGAUUGGAAGUUAACAGCUCAGGGAUCUCUCUAAGCUACUGACAAAUACUGUUGUAAUUGAAAUAGGAUAUGAAGGAUAUUUGGCUUUAGAAAUUCCAAAAGUUUCCAGGCCACUGUUUUCUGAUGUUUACUAAGAAUCUCCUUUCUUGUAACUGUGAGCCAUUAGUUUGUGUCCUACCCUCCAGAGCAGGAGAAAACACGCUUGCUCCAUCUUCCUUCUAACCGCCCUUCAGAUAUUUGAAGAUAGCUAUCUUGUCUUCUCUCAGUCUCUUCUGGUUAGAGCCAAGGUGAUAGUGUGUGGUUGGGUGUGGGGAUUGGGGACAAGCUGGUACUCUCUGGUAGCGACAUAGAACACUUAGGAAAUACAUUACCACAAGACAUGAUGAUCGCUAGUUUAGCUAGGUUUAAGCAAAAGGAUUAGGCAUUUUAAAAUGUAGGUCUGUGUCUGGGGCCUCAUGUUCAGAAACAGUAUAUUAUAGGCCUUAUCACUAAAUGCUGGGAACAAAGGGGAUGACUGUCUCCAUCGUGCCUUAUUUGUGAGUUUCCUGGUUGCAUCUGGCUGUUAGUGCUAGACCAGAUGGCUCUGGCUUCGUUUUCUGAAUUUCUCACAUUGUCUUCCACUGUUCUCCCACUUUCAUUAUUGGAACGUUUCUAGCUACUAGGUAACUGUUAUUAUUCAAAUCCUAGAAUGUAUUUUUCUUUUACUUCUCAGGUAAAGCUAUGAAGAAAUGGGUUGAGUCAAUUACAAAGAUAAUCCAUAGGAAAAAGCAAGCACAAGCAAUUGGGCCAAGUCACAAUAUUACUUUUGAAAGCUCACCACCUCCAAUUGAGUGGCAUAUUAGCAAGCCAGGACACAUUGAAACAUUUGACCUGCUUACGUUGCAUCCAAUAGAAAUUGCUCGACAGCUCACGUUACUUGAAUCUGAACUUUACAGGUAGCUCUGAAAACAAUAUUAUUCUCUUCUACAUCAUAAUAUGCAAGCAAUGUAGUGUUCAGUCCUGGUCAUUUCUGCAUUCAGUUCUUACUAGCAAAGCUAUUCAUAUUGCAUUUAGGGAACAAUGUUCCAAAUUGUGACUCUAGUAUAUAUUAAUGUGAAUUUGAUAUAGCUAGUAAAGUGAUAAUUUAUUUUCAUAUGUUGGCAUUUUGGAGCUCACUGUUAAAAAACGUAUUAUGAAAGCAAGAUUUGUAAGCUGUAAGCUAUAAGCUUCCAGAACCUCAUCCACAGAUACAGCAUUUAACUAGAGAUUUUUUUUGUUUGCUUUGUAGAAUGCCAUUGUUCUACCAUCUAGUUCUAACAACCAAUUCUCUCCAAUUGGUUGUUAACAGUAGAUGGUAGAACAAUGGCAUUCUACAAAGCAAACAAAAAAAGUGCAGUCAAUGUUUUUUUCUGAUUUGAGAAUUAUUGGUUAUUUGUAAUAAUCUAGAUGGAAGUAGUAGCUCAAUUGACCAUAAAAUGAUAGCCUUUUCUCUAUAAUUUAUAUUUAUUGUCAAUUUGUAGAGCUGUGCAACCAUCAGAGCUGGUUGGAAGUGUAUGGACAAAAGAAGAUAAGGAAAUCAAUUCUCCUAACCUGCUCAAGAUGAUACGACAUACCACAAAUCUUACUUUGUGGUUUGAAAAGUAAGUUGCUUGAGUGCUUUGACUAAGAUCUUCUAAAUAUUGAUAUUAACAUCCAGGUCCAUACAGAGCUAGUCUGAGACCCGAGAUAGGAUUCUUGUUAGAAUGAAAAAAAGCAAAACCCCAGCCAAAGGCAUUAGGUAAGCCUUUGUUUGGACUGAGGGGUGGUUGUAGCCUCCGCCUGCCCCUCCUUAUUACGGGUAUCUUGUUAAAGGGAACUGGGGGUGUGGAUUCUGUCCGAUGCCCAGAUGUGGGCAUGGACCAUGCCACAACCCCAACGGGGAUCCCUCAGGGUGCCCCUAUUUGAUAUAAGUCAUUGGGCUCAUCAUAUUGGUGGUUUACCCUUAGUUUGGCUGUCUGCAGAUGGGCGGGAGUCGAGAUACACCCAGUGCCUAAGCCAAACUGCACAUUUGUAAACAAUAAAGUUGUGGCCUAUUUGAACCCAUAAACCAAAUCCACUUGUCCAUGUGUUUAUUAUCCACUAGGGAACUGUGGAUCAUGGGGCCUUGGCAUGCAACAUCAUUCCUGAGCUGCAGCUUGGCAAAAUAUUGGAGCUUCAUAGAAGGAAAUUAGUGUAGCAAGAACAAUAAUUCCUAAACUUCUCCAUUGUUUGAAGUCCAAGAAUUGAAAAACAGUAUAUUCUUUGAAUUAUGCACUGGUUUUAGACUGAGUUAGUAAUCCUCAAAUUGUGCUUUGAGAAAUUAAAUAAUUAAAGGCUUGUCUGAGUUUAGUGGAGCUGCUGUUGGAGGAACCUGUCUUUUGCAUGUCUCAUGAUUCACUUCUCUAAUCUUGCUGCUCAGGGCCAUUAAUUUGGCUGCAUCUCCACCAGCCAUGAUAAGAUCAUUCAGUCAUUCCUGUUUAUCAUGUAGUAGAAUUCCCUCCAUAGGAGCGGAUAGCCCAUUGCAUUGAGUUUUACUUCUCCAAACUGUUUCCUUCUUAUCAAGAGGUGUGUUUCCUGAUCGUGCAGAAACAAGAGGUGGGCUCUUCUGAAGGCAGACUUUUACUUUCCUACUGGUGUUCAAGUUUAACAGCUAAUGUUCUCCCAUUUGGAUUCAGAAAAGAAGUUGGCUUCAGUAAUUAUAUCAGCUGUUUGGAAACCCCUGUAUUAAGUCACACUUGUCAAAAUAAAAUUAUAUUAAAUUGGUGCUUUUUAACAUUCUUGUACUGAUACGUACAUCUUUUUGUACAUUUAGAUGCAUCAUAGAAACAGAAAACCUAGAGGAAAGAGUAAUUGUAGUAUGCCGGAUAAUUGAGAUCUUGCAAGUUUUCCAAGAACUAAACAAUUUUAAUGGUGUCCUUGAAGUUGUCAGUGCUAUGAACUCUGCACCUAUUUACAGACUGGAUCAUACCUUUGAGGUAAGUCACAUGUAGAUCUAGAAACUGUAAUUGUUUUAACUGUUGCUGAAUAAAGUAUCAUUGAAAAAAACAAAAACAUUUAAGCCAAAACCACUUUUUUCUUUUUCUUCAGUCUUCAGCAUGAGCACUGGGUAGGCUGUUGGACACAUUUUUCUUUACAUAGAGAUAAUCUCAGGGUUACAUUAAACACUUACAAAAUGCAGUGCAAAUGUUUGUUUUGUCCCAUGUACAAGGGUAAGAAGCCACUGUGACAUCUUGUUUAUUUUGCCAAAAGUUCCUUUGUGCAUCAUGUCCCCAUUUGCAGACUGCGUAUAUUCCCUAGACUGAGAUUAUCUCCAUGGUGGAAAAGCAUCGUGUUAAGUAGUGUCUGUUCUCUCCACAAGAAAGUGGGGCUGAAGCUGAGCAAUUGAAAACUAGAGCAAAAAAUCAAGGGCACUUCUCAGUGCCACACAUAAUAUAACCCAUUUUUUGAUAUGAAAAGCACUUCAAUAUGUAAGGGGUGAGUGAACCCUGCAAGUGAAUCUGAGUAUUUUGACUGGCCCUUAAUUUGAGAUCACUGAUAACAUGUGGUUUGUAGUUGUCCAUGUCUCAGCUUUCUUUAUGCAUCUUCAGCAAAUCCCAAGCCGCCAGAAGAAGAUUUUUGAAGAAGCUCAUGAACUGAGUGAAGACCAUCAUAAGAAAUACUUGGCAAAACUCAGGUCUAUUAAUCCUCCAUGUGUGCCUUUCUUUGGUAAGUAAGAUUUAUUCUUGAAGAAUAUAAAAUCACAAAUGUUGAUAAGCCACAGAACUAUUAAGAAACCAUUUCUUAAAUAUAUUAGUGGAGCUUGCUAUAUUGUUAGGAAUAGCCAGGCAUUUCAAAGAAUCAGUAUUUCAACUUCAAAAGCUUUCCCCCCUGUUCAGUAUCAAAUCCACAAUUUCACUACAUUUUAGUUGGAACCCUUGACCUGAUUUUUCAGCUAUCUUCAUGUGUUAGGUACUAAUACAAAUUAGUAUUUAACUCAUUUAGAAACACUAAGCAUUUGUGAAGUGUACUUUGUGGUUCUAGCUUAACCAGGGAAAUAUCAAGGGAUGGAGAUCAGAUAAAGUGCUCCAAUUUACUCUGUGCUUUUUUUUUUAGCGCUGUGCUAUACUCUACGUGAUAAAGAUACUUUCUGACUGUGCUUUGACAGUAGACUGAUUCAGAUGCAAUGAUCUCUGUCUAAUAAACCAUGGUGUUUUAAACAGAACAAACAUUGUGCCUGUGUGCCUUCUCCUUUCCUUUUCCCUUCUCCAUUAGUGGUGAGGAAUGCUAAAUAUAGAACACCUGAAUAUAGAAUACUAGAUCUGCUAUAUAAAUAAGCCAGGGAGGCUCGCCUGAUGCAUUUGUUACAUAUUUUUAGGUGCCAGACAAGCCUUAUUCCAAGUCUUUGGCUAAUUAAACAAUCCAUGGCCUUUUAAAUGGGCAGGGGGUAUAAUUGUUUUGGUCUGUUAUUAUGGUAUGUGUUUUUUGUUUUGUAAACUACCCCUAUGAUCUUUGGGUGAAGGCCAGUAUAGACAUUUUAAUAUUAAUAAUAAUUAUAAAGUUUCUCACUCACAAUUUUUUACCAACCUAUCUUGUGAGCAUUCCUAUUUAUAAGAUUAAAAGGAUCAGGUUUUAGAAAAUAGCUGCCCAGUUGCAUGGAGGUAAUUUAUAUGCUCUGCAGGCAGCCAGGAAAGUGGUUGUUUACAAACCUGUACUGUAUUAUUUAUUUACAUAAUGACAUUAGUACACAUUAUGCUUUGUAUUGCAAGAACACAUAGCCCUGCCCCAAGGAGCUUAUAAUCUGAAAUUUGACACACCAAAGGGGUGCUAUGGAAGGUAGUAAAAAGGAAUGUAUUACUGUUUCAGUUGCAUACAUGUAGCCUUGGUGAUAGGGCAUGGGGAUUAUGGGGUGGUACUAAAGGCUUCAUGGAAACUGUGGGUUUUAAAGAAGAAGGAAAAUAGGUAACAUCACAGAUGGUCUAGAAGUCAGUGAAGGGUGAUGGAGCUGGAGGAGUGAAAGUCAUGGAUAGAUACAAAAAAAGAUAUAAGAAUGGCGAGAGAAGGAACUUGGAGGCCUUUGAAGGUAAGGGGAAAGAAGGGAAGUAGGGUCACUCCAUUGGCUCUACUGUGAGACCUCCAGUCUUUCAGCCUUUCUCUCCUUCAGCACUUAUUAGCAACAGCCAUUUUAUCGGGCUGCAGAGCAGAGAGAGAGAAGGGAAGCAGGGCCAUUUCAUCCUCCUUUCCCUGAACAGUUGAAACCCCAGCUGGUUGUUAUAAGAACACUGUAACCUGUCCUGGUACCUGCUUCACCCGCUCCAUCCCCUCCUCCUUUUUCAUUCUGUGUUAGGUCGGUUGCAUUGUAAGCCUUGGGGUGUGUGGAUAGAUUGUCUUUUAAAAAUUAUUAUUGAGUGAGAGCCUUUGAGGUGAAGAGCUGGUAGAAUGGCAGGCAAAAAAAAAAUGAGGAUGAGAUUCAAAGAGGGUGGUUGAGUGCAUGCCAUGAGUCUGGAAGCUAGUAACAAAAAGCUGAGGAAAGGGUUAGGAGGCACUGUGGAGUUUUGAAGGAGGAUGUAGAGGUGGGUAGAGAGGCAGGUGACAAAAGGUGUAGCUUGCCAUUAGAAUGGCUUGGUCACAAACGGGCAUUAAGUGGGCAGUGCCCUUUGGCCACCAUCCUAGGUUAGUUAACCAUGUGUUGAGAUGAAGCCCAAACUUUGUUUCACCCCAUGUAAGUAGCAGCAGCAAGGCCAGCUGGCACAUCUGCUUGGAGGGGAGGAGAUCAGGAAUCCCUUUGUUGGAUCUUCAGAAAAAAUUUAAGUGCAUAAUUCAACCUUCCCAAAGCCUUUGUAGCUCUAACCUUAAUUCUAGUUUUCCAUUGAAAGACCAUAACCAUUUUAUAGCUGCAAUUUUUUUGGACGUUAAUUGUAGGAAUUUAUUUAACAAACAUCUUGAAAACGGAAGAAGGCAAUCCUGAAUUUCUCAAACGACAUGGGAAAGAACUUAUCAAUUUCAGUAAGCGGAGGAAGGUGGCUGAGAUAACAGGGGAGAUCCAACAGUACCAAAACCAGCCAUACUGCCUAAGAGGAGAAGCUGAUAUCAGAGUAAGUAGGAUUUUUUGCUCUUCCAGGUUCAGCUUCCUUUUAGUGGCCAUGAGGAAAUGCUUAUACUGUAGGUUGAAGCUCCUUUGCUGACCCAGGGUAUUGGGCUGAUUUUAUUACACCUGAAUUUAUUUUCAGCCCUUAGACUGGCUCCCUACUCUACAGUCCUUUUAUUUCUCAAUUAUCAACUUCUAGAGCAUGUCCUCGUCAAAUAAGAGUUGAUUUUAAUCUGGUUUUGCCGAUCAACAGAUCUGUCGAUUCUGUGUUAAUCUUUCUGAAUAUUUUGGGUUUCAGAAAUUUUUUGAAAAUCUGAAUCCAAUGGGAAAUAGCAUGGAAAAAGAGUUUGCAGAUUAUCUGUUCAACAAGUCUCUAGAAAUAGAGCCACGUAACGUCAAGCCACCCCCAAGAUUUGUGAGUAUUUAGAUUUUAUUCUCAGUUAAUGUAUGCCAUAAAAUACAGUUGGAGCUGCACAAACUUUUUAAAAGGGAAAAAAGUAAGUAAUUUUACAGUAAAAACUAUCAGUGUUCGUAUAAACAGUGUUUUUUGUUUUCUGUGCAGCCCAAAAAGUACACCUAUUCUCUCAAAUCUCCGGGUGUUCGUCCAUCAAACCCAAGACCAGGCACCAUGAGACACCCUACACCUCUGCAACAGGAGCCAAGAAAAAUCAGUUACAGUCGUGUCCCUGAGAGUGAAACAGAAAGUGCUGCUUCUGCACCAAACUCUCCAAGAACACCUCUCACCCCACCUCCACCAUCGUCCACUUCCAGCACCACAGAUGUUUGCAGUGUCUUUGACUCUGAUCCCUCCACCCCUUUUCAUUCAAGUAGGUGCUCUAGCAAGGAUUGAGCUAUUCUUCUCCUUUUUAAGUAGUUUGGCCUGUGUCGCAUGUGGGCAUGUUUUCUGAUACUGCUGUUAUGUGCCAAACCACAGGAAAUAGUUUAGUUGAUACUUGUAUUUUGAAAACGGUUUUCUUAAAUUUGAUUGAAUUCAAACCAUGAUUGAAAAGGGAAGACUGAGGUGUACUGUUUUAAGUGAAUGCCUUGUUUGCUGUUUGUACAGGGCGAGUCCUUUAAAAGAGGUCCCGUGGAUACAGAGUACACAUGUUCCACAGGGCCUCUUUUAAAAGACCCUGUACAUGGCAGGAUGCUAGUAACAGUGACAAUUAUUUUAUUUUCUUAAUUCAUUUUGUUUCUUUCUUGGCCUUUAUCAAUCCAUGGUCCAAGGGCAUGUUAAAACAUAAGAUACAACACUAAGAAUACCACAGCCAUUGGCAGCUCUUUGGCUUAAGCUGCUUUGUUUUGUUUGUGAAAAGAAAUCCUGAUUCCUCAGGAACUUAGCAGAAGGCGGCUUAUAGAUAAGAGGCAUACAUUUUAUAUGCUGUAUUGUACUUUGUGUGUUUAGAAUUUACUGUUAAAGUACUAGAAAAGUAGAAAAAUUCAAAUGAGAUGGAUAAUAGAAUUUUUCAUACACUUUCAGGGUCAGCUUCUGUGUCUUCCAUAAGUUUUCCAAAAAGCUCAGAAGAAAUUACCGUUCCCCCUCCUAUUCCUCCCCGGAGACGUCCAGAAUCUGCUCCUGCUGAAUCUUCUCCUUCAAAGGUAGUUUCACCACAUUUCUCUCUGCAGGAACAGUAAGAUGAAAAUACAGUGGAGAGGGAGAUCCUGUUGUCACUGCCAUCCCCACAACCUUUAAAGACAAAAGACCACUAGUGUGUGGCUCCCCACGGAGGAAACAGUUUAUUCCACCCUUUAAAAUAAAUGGAGCUUCAGAUUUACAACCUAGUUUCAUUUAAUUCUUAUACAAGGUGACAGCAAAAGUUAACAUUCACUGGGGGGGAAACAUUCUGGGUUUUUUAUGCUCCACCUAUAAUCUAUAAUGAUAAAUGAGUUUGGCUUAUUUUAAUUUUAAUGUAAAGGCACAGCAUGAAUGGGCUAUUUAAAGCUGCUUCAGUGUUUCCAUACCCAGUCCCACCUCCUGGAGCUCCUGGAGCUCUGGUUCCUGCAGUUUCAGUUUUAAGUGGCUGUUUGAAAAAGGUAGGGAUCCUGCUGCCAUACUCACAACUAGCAGCUUUAAGAAAGUUAAAAAAAGAAGACCCAAUAAGGUAUGCGCCUGCAAAAACAAUGGGAGAACUAGUUUGGGUCCCAUCCAAAUGGAUAACCUUUUUUUUUAAGAGGAAGGGAGAACAAUAACGACUUUAGUAAAAAAUAAAAUUUCUGGUUGCCACUGGUGACCCUAUUUGUUCCUCUGCUUAUACAUUUUUGCACCUGGGAACACCUUUAGUGCAACUCUUUGUCUUUAUCCAUUAAAGGGCUCCCAUCUCCUGUGCUGGAUCUCCUACCUAUCCAGCCCGAUUCCGUUUCCUCUUCCCAUCUCUUGCUUCUGGAAGAGAAGUGGGCAAUAGAGAAGAGUCUGGCAACCCUCUCCUAUUUCCCCCUCCCCCCUCACACAUACACCUUCUCCUUUAUAUGGGUAUCCGGCCUUUGUCCUCUGUUGGAAUCUUGUUGUAGGAGCACUCCUAGAAGUAAGAUGAAAUGAAAGCCUUUAGACCAGAGGUAGCUAAACCCUUCUGGCCAGAAGGCCACAUUCAUCCUCUAGGGGCCACGUGCCAGCAGUGCAGCUGGCCAUCCCACACACUCUUGUGCAUACUCUCACAGGCAGGUAGGCAGGCACCUAGCCCCUCCUCUUCCAUGCCGAUCAGCUGAGGACUAGGUGUCAUUGCCCCCGUUGCUCAAAUGAUCAUUCCAGAGACAAAUUUGAAGGGCUGGGCUCCAUCACAGCACUGCGCUUUGCACACCCAACUUUUUCUUUUUGCUGCUGCUACCAAAAUUGGUAGGUUCUUUUGGAUAGUAGAUAAUGUCCACAACCCAAGGAUUGGCCAUUCCUGCUUUGGGCUUUCUCUAAUCCUUUGAAGAUAAUUCAUAUUAGACGUGCUGUGUGGGUUCUUUCUACUCUAAAAGAGAACAACCUGUAUUGGGUAAACUCUCUCAACUCACCUCUGUAGGUGGAAUUAGUCCAAAGUGUCUUCGCCUUCUUUUGCGAGGUACCAUCUUGGCAUACAUUGAGGUCUUUGAAUUAUGUACUAACAAAUCUUUAUAUUUCAGAUUUCUUCUGCACAUCUGGACAGCCCACCAGCAAUCCCUCCUCGGCAGCCGACAUCAAAAAUCUAUUCACCGAGAUACUCAGUGCCAGACAGGACCUCCAUCUCUGACCCCCCAGAAAGCCCACCUGUAUUGCCACCUCGAGAACCUGUACGAACUCCUGAUGUUUUCUCUAGUUCACCUCUCCAUCUUCAGCCACCACCCUUAGGCAGAAAAAGUGAACUGGGCAACACUUUCUUUCCCAACAGUCCGUCUCCAUUUACUCCGCCUCCCCCCCAGACACCUUCUCCUCAUGUUGUCCGGAGGCAUUUGCCAUCACCUCCUUUGAUACCCCAAGAUACGGACCUCCAUUCUGUUGCUGGGCCACCUGUUCCUCCUCGGCAAAGCACUUCUCAACAUAUCCCAAAGCUUCCUCCAAAAACUUACAAAAGGGAGCCCACGCAUCCAUUGAUGCAUCGUGAUGGACCCCCUUUGCUGGAGAACGCCCACUCCACCUGAAUUCUCCCUUGUGCUCGAGAGAGAAUGCUUUCUCUGGUGCCAUGUCUGUUGCUGGCAAUAGAUGCACUGUACCUUGUGGGCACCAAGGAGUUGAGCUGUGUUGCUCCUAACACUAAAGACUCUACGUUUGAUAUUUGGUGUACAAAAAGAAGAAGAAAGAAUCUUAAUAACAGGCCCCUUAUCGUGAAUAAACUGUUGCUGUUUGUUAGUAUAGUAUGCAGGGCCCUGUUCUAAAGUCAGUGCACACCUGAAUGUACCAGAAAUCAGAAUUGCAGAUCUCUUUGGGCCAAUAAGCAGACAUUGUGCUUUGUGUAACGUCCUGUGAGGGAUAAAAUGCAUAGUCCUGUAUUCAUCUGUCCACCAUGAUGUAAGUUCUUGGAGUAAAAAUAUUAUGCACUUUUUUAAAAAAGAAUCUCAAACAGGGAACUUGAUAGUCUUCUUAAUUUUCUUUUGUUUUAUUCCCUGCUUUCAAAUCAUGAACUGGACUGUGAGGAAGAUCUGUGGUACUGAACUGAACCAACAUAGAGCUAAGACAUAGCACCGUACUGCAGUCCUGUUUACAAACUGUUACUAGUAAUACAUGGGUACCUAGGCUUCACCAAAGAGGUACUUUCCUCCUCCUUUAUGAAUAUUAUGGUGCCAGUUCAAAAAGAAUUUUUUGCCAGUAAACAGAAUGCCUAACUUUUAACCGCCUUUAAACAAAUGAGAUUUAAGUCUUAUAUGAAUGACACCAAUGAUGCAAACUGCAAAACAAUGCUAUUGUCAGAGUUGAAUCUGUUUCUCUACUUAGAAGACUGUUAAAUCUAGACUAGGUUAGGUCUUCAUUUUAAGGUUUACUGAUAACCCACUUAAUGGCUGGGAGUGCAACAUCUUUGAGACUAUGCCAUGAAAAUGCAAAAGAUGAUCCGCUGGCCAUAUUCCCUAGUUAUCACCAUGUUUUAACUAGCAGUAGGUAGAUGAAUAAUCAGCACCCAUAGAAUUGCCUUGUAGUUGCAUAAAUAAAUCAUAUGUAUAUAGUGAAUGUUGCAUAAAUAUACUUGCAAAUUGUUUUUAAUUUAAUUGAAAUAAAGAUACAGAUAUUUUGUCUGGCUGACAUAUAUUAAAUUAUUGCAUUUCUAAAUGUACAUUUCAGUUUAAAGCACUGAGGAGGAGACACAUGCUGUGGUACACACCUCUCUUUCUUGCUCAUUGUUUUAGUCUGUAAAGAAAAAAAUUAGAAGAAAUCCAAGGUUUGGCAUGUGAAAUAAAUGUGUGUUAGGGGUGAUUCGGAAGUGAACAUCUGUGUGCUUAACAUGGAUCUCAAGCAUAUAAUACAGUUCAGAAUUCCAAACUCUGUUUAACUUCUUAAACCUUGAAACUGAUCUUGACCGUGUCAGAAAUGUUUGAAAGAAAAUAAUCUACAUGAAUAUUUUGCCUUGGAUUAUCCAUAGACCUGUGAAUUGCGCUUCUGAUUCUUGUACUGUGAUAGUAAUGCAUGCCACUUAUUGAAGAUAUUUUAAUCCUUUCUACUACACUAGGACUUGUGAAUGGUGCAGUAUUGUAUCCUUAGUUGCUAAGACUCUUAUAGGAUGUUUUCUCCUUGGCAAAACCAAAAUACAUUUCGGUAAUCUAGAAAGCCAUGUCACUGGAACAGUGAUGGUAGAGGACCGUAUCACCAUGAAAGCCUACUGUUCUAAGACACUUCUACAGCAUUAUGUAGUGUGGUCUUUGCAUUUCAGGAAAACGUUCAUUUAACCUGCAUUAAAUGGAUCCUUCUUAACAUGUACGAUAUGCAGAAACAAAAGGGCAUUCUGAGAUAAAAAAUUGUAUAAUGCUAGCCUAUGACAAGUGUUAAGUUGAGCCCAGCUGAGGGUUAGAGAUACUUUAAAAUGACUGAACUUGCUAAGGGAAAGUUGAGAAACUGCUCCAUACUUAAAUACAUUUUUUUUUCUUGUAACACUAAAGGUAGUGGUAAUGCUCCUGUCCAUAAGAACUUUAAAAUACUGCAGAUGAUAUUACGCCCACCUGAGUCAACUAGGAAAAACACUCUAAUGUCGCUUCUCCAGGCUCUGCCUACAGAGUAAAAGUUCCCUAAUCAAUCCACUCCAGAAAAAAGUGGGGGCGGGAUUAUAGUUUGAUAAAUCCAUUUAGCAUUUGCAAGCAGCAAUGUUUUGUACAGAUCUGUCCUAUUCUUGUUUUGAGUGGGAAAAUGAUGUUCACUUAAUAUUUCCAGCAGCCCCGUAGUUGCUAAGAUUAUCAUGCUUGAUACAACCCAGAUAACUUUGAUAAUUAAGCAGUAUACAAACAGUUUAAAUAAAUAAAAUACUUAAUCCAGGAUGACAAAAGAAUUGGUUUAAGCAACUGAGAAACGAAGUCAUUUGUUUCAUUGAGGCUGUCUAUCAGCUUCAUGGUCUCUUAUGGUAGCUGAAGUAAAAUAUUUAGGCCAGCAGAACUUAUAAAAAGUACAGAUUUUAAAUCUGAGUGUGCAAAAUUUCCCCAAAUCCCCCGCAGCAGAUGUUGUACAUGUGCAAAGUGUGUGUAGUUCUUCAGGCCUCUUGUUUAACAUAAUCAACUUUCAUUGUGUUAAAUGUGCUGUGUUUUUAAGCACUGAAAAUGUUUGUUUUGAUUAGAAUUACUUUGUGCUCACCCAAAACAUCCAUUAUGCAGUUCAUAGAAGCAUAGAAUUUUAGAGUUGGAAGGGACCCUGAGGGUCAUCUGGACCAACGUCCUGCAAUGCCCAAUGUGGGGCUCAAACUCACAAACCCUGACAUUAAGAGUCUGACGCUUUUACCAACUGAGCUAUCCACAAGAAGUGGCGAGCUUUUUCAGAAGUAAACUUCACUGCAUAUUUCAAAAUCCAUCCCAAUGAGUUGCUAGAAUAUUCCCCUUAAAAAACUACUUUGUAGAAUUUUAGUACCUCAAUCAAGACUUUGGAAAGUCACAAAGUAGGAAAGGAAAUAAACUUUUUGGGGUCAAAUAUUUGUGUAUGCAGACUUCUGACUUACAUAGAACUCUUCACCAGACGAUCUAAAACAUUAUUUUUCAAUAUCUGUUUGUAUAGGAGUAUAAACCCCAUAGAAAUGAUGUUACAUAACUGAACAUCAGGAAGAAUGGAGAGGUAUCCAAGUACUGGUUAUAUAGAACUAAGUGGUUGACAUACAUUUCACCCAGACUUGGAAAUAAAAAUUUGUUCCUCUAGCAAAUUGGCUAUUAGAGGUUGAUAGUAAACUGCCUUUUCACUCUCUGGUAGUAAUGUGCCAACUGCAGUAUAAUAAAUGAAGUGGGAGGGAAAUCUUGAGAGCCUGUAAGCAGGAAGUUGAUGCCCAUGUUUUGACCUUGCCAUGCUACAGAGUGGGAUUUUUUUCAUUUUGCCAUGUCUUGCUGCUGCUUGCUGUCAUACACACGCGCGCCUGUAAGUUGCUCAAAUUUAACUCAUGGGUUGGUUGGUUUUUUCCAUUUUAAACUCUACCUUAGAAUUUGAGUAGGUUUGCAAAUUAGUCGUGUCUGCUACAUUUAAAAUUGACAAGAGAUCCAAAUCGGCAUGCACAUACCUGGGCUUUUUUAACCAUCACCCCUCAUACCACUGUAGGCACUCCCUCCAUUCCCUGAAAAGCCACUCUGUAGGGUGAGAUGCAGAAUUAGCACCUGUGCAGGGGUGCCUGGAGAAUUUUUGGGUGUCUGUUUUUUUAAAAGAAUAAGAAGAAGAGGGAAGUAGUCUCCUAAGAAAUUCAAAAAAGCAUUAUUUUGUUCCACCAUGACUCCAAAUAAAAAUUGGCCUCACUGCUAUGACAAUGGUAGGUGGCACUUAGAGACUAACAACAUCUAUUGAAGGUUAGUAGUGUUCAGUGUAGAUGGAGCUGUUUGGGGUGGUUUUCAUUGGAGCUGGAUAAGUUCCUGAAUGGUUUUUGUUGGAACGUGUCAGCUUGUCUGAAUGUUUUCUCGUCACUGUGUCUUGCCUGCUUGCUGUUCAGUGUACAAAAAAAAUGCACAAAUUAAAUCCUUGCUAUUCCCUACAUUUUUGGUGGUUGAAAGGGAGGAGCUUGCUGUAAUAGAAAACUGGUUUUUAAUUAACAGUGGGGGAGGGGAGAAAUAAACAAGGCAACCUCUUUGGAUGUUUUCUCUCUGGUGCAAGAGGUAACUCACAUACAGCUGCUGUAAAUUGUGCUCUUAAACUGAUCAGUGAUCACUUCCAUACUUAUCGAAGAGCUAAAUAAUUUUUCUCUGCUAAUGAAAAGUAAAUGCAGGCCUAUUGCUGAUGAAAGGUAUUAAGCCAAAAGCACUUGGGUUUUUUGGGAUGAAUUUUCAUGCCUUAUUUGCCAUUAAUUUUGUUACUUUAAAACGAAAAACCUUAAAGUGCAUAUUUUUUUCUGUCAACUGUGAGCAAAUUCCCCUUUUGCCUUUAACAGCAAAACAGUGCAUUAAGCAGUCAGUUGCUGCAGAAUUGCACAUCGAGACCUUUGUAAAACAGUAACGUACCCAGGCGAAAGGGGGGGAAACUUGUGCCAGAUGUGUAUGCAACUUUCAGUAGCUGCCAAAUGUGCCUUUUAAAAAAAAAUGGGUUCUUUUUUUCUGAAACACGGUAGAUUCUCUUGUUGGUCGCAUUUCUUAUUUGGCCGAUUUAGAAACCAAACUUUCUGUUUCUCUAUGUACAGGUUUGUGUUUUUGAUGAAUUCUAAUAAUUUGUAUAUUUAAAACGUAUUGCCUUUUGUUUAAUGGCAUGGAUACUUUGCUAAAAUGGUUGAGAAGCUAUGGCAGUCCAAUCCAGCUGCGUUAAGGUUGAAGUGGUGAUAUCCUAAACCGGCAAAUCUUAUGGGCCUAUGUGUGUACCUAAUCAUGUCUGUAGGUCAGCUUUGUAUGCUAUGUCUGCAAUGGUAUUCAGAUUGCAUUUAAAGUGAAAAUUAAUAGUGGCUGUUACUUUUUGGCAUUCAAGAGAUCUGUUCAUAAAAAAUAAAUAAAAAUGCCUUACAUAUCCUAUAA